CGUUGCGCUAUAUAAUAUGUUCCCAAUGCAUGCCAUAGUGGGAACAUGGCGGUACCGUGGUGGAGACAGUGUCGAAGGUGGAGUACAAACUGCACGACCACCAGUUUACUUGAAGCGCUGCGGUAUUUUAACGUCAGAUCCGUGUCCUCCGCCGCGUCCUACCUGGGCCGGGCGCCCUCGAGCUCCGUGUCGCGGAAUGAGAGGCAGCCACGGCCGUCUGCACACACACACCGGAAUACCCUGCCCUUUAAUUUAUCUCUAACCAGUCACAAUUCCCGGUUGCUGUAUCCCACGCUACAGUCUUGCUGUUGCAGAACAACGCACAGCGAUGCGAAACUCAAGGACCCUUUCACGUUAGCACAGAAAGAUUUAACAAGUUUAUAUGACGACAUCAAAAAGGAGCUGUUCGUCUCCAGAGACGAGCUGAAGUUUCUAUGUGACUACUACUUCGACGGCAAAGGCAAAGCUAUCCGACCAAUGAUUGUUGUCCUGAUGGCCCGCGCCCUCAACAUCCACAGCAACAGAGCUGGAGAUUUGCUCCCGGGGCAGAAGGCCAUCGCUAUGAUCACUGAAAUGAUUCACACUGCCAGCCUGGUGCACGAUGACGUAAUAGAUGGAUCAGAUAAGCGGAGAGGAAAGAGAACGAUAAAUGAAGUGUGGGGUGAAAGAAAGGCCAUCUUAGUCGGAGAUUUCAUCCUCUCCGCUGCCUCGAUGGCUCUGGCUCGCAUCGGCAACAACACGGUGGUGAAGGUCUUAUCCCAGGUGAUCGAGGAUCUUGUGCGAGGCGAAUUCAUGCAGCUGGGCUCCAAAGAAAACGAGAACGAGAGAUUCAAGCACUACCUCGAGAAAACCUUCAAGAAGACAGCCAGUCUUAUUGCACACAGUUGUAAAGCAGUAUCUAUCCUGGUGAACUCUGAUCCUGAGGUUCAUGAAAUAGCCUACCAGUACGGGAGAAACGUCGGCAUCGCUUUUCAGCUGGUGGACGAUGUUUUGGACUUCACAACCGGAGCCAGUCAGCUGGGGAAACCUUCUGCGGCCGAUCUGAAACUCGGCUUGGCCACCGGACCGGUCCUGUUCGCUUGUCAACAGUUUCCUGAGCUUCACUCAAUGAUCAUGAGACGUUUCAGCUCCAAAGGAGACGUGGACCGAGCCUGGCAGUACGUCCUUCAGAGCGAUGGUGUGCAGCAGACCAGCUUCCUGGCCCAACGCUACUGUCAAGAAGCCAUCAGACAGAUCAGCAUGCUGCGGCCCUCCCCGGAGAGAGACGCCCUCAUCAGGCUCACGGAGAUGGUUCUCACCAGAGACAAGUGAAGCUCCUCUGCCAGGUUUCCCUUCAGGCAGCUACCCCGCGAAAAGGCGACUCACCCCGGCGCCCUGGGCGUCUGUGCUGGACAGGGUCGGGUAAAAAAAAAAAAUAAAAUAAAAACGGUGAGAGGAGCGAUGGGAGUUCAGUUUGGAAGGACCCCUGCUUCUGUUUUUUUAGUGUAAACACUAAAUGAAUCUGGCAGCAUGCAGGAGUCUCUCUGAACUGAUUGUCGUUUCAACGCUCUCUCAGCCGCUCCCUAAAAUGUCCACGGGGGUGAGUCACCUGGACGAAAUGCAAAUAUUUACACGUUUGUUUUUAGCGAAAACCGUUGAUGAUUUGGAAAUGAAUUGCAAUCUUAAAUCAAGAAAACAAUCCUUCACUACAUACAGUACUGUAACUGCAGCAGCCUGCCGUGCCUCACGCCAGCCGACUGUGACCUGACAGAGUUUGUUACAUGCUGGUCCCUGAGCGGCGGCGGCGGCGGCGGCGUUGCAGAGCUCAUUAUUCCAAGUGGGAUGGAAAGCGUGUCAUCGUUGUUGUGUUUGUUCGGCUCCGUCCGCACACCAGAGGCCAAACAGUCGCGCGUCUCUGUCUGUGAAAUGUUAAGAGGUUACUCCUGUAAGUGUCCUGUAACAACCUCGGCCUUAACAUCUCCAACGACUGUGUGCUCAAUAAACCAACAGUUGACUUUUUGUUUUUUAUUUAAACC